ACCAUUGUUACUGCACAAAUUGAGUAAGUUCUUCUUUUGCGUGUUACAUGAUCUCACUGGUCGUCUUUCCCCUGAGCAGGGUUUCCAGUUUCCAAACCCGAUGUCAUCUCCCAGCUGGAACGAGGGGAAGAGCCGUGGGCUCCAGAUGGCCAGGGCUCAGAGGAAAGAGAGAUCCUGAGAGGCAGUUGCAUGGGUGAGGGGAUGGUGAGAGAGACCGUGGAGCAGAAGCCUCAGCAGGAAGAGGAGCAAGAGGAAGCACGUGGGGCAUUGUUGCAAAGAAGCAAAGGGAGUGUGUCCAGGAGUUGUGAGCAGCGCAAAGGCUCUCAGUGGCAGCACAGGCCAGAGAAGCGGCAGGGAAACCAGCCAGCACAGAAAGUUGGAAUAUCUGUUAAUUAUCGGGGAACUCACAGAGGCCUCAAGGAAGCCACGGCUCAGCAGAGAAUCCUGACGGGAGAGAGAAAUAACACGGGCUUUGAGUGUGGGAAAAAGUUCAGGAGAUGCUCACGUCAUCAGAGAAUCCACGCCAGAGUGAGACCUCAUGAGUGCUGCGAGUGUGGGAAAAUCUUCACUGAGCACUCACGCCUUUUAAACCAUCAGAGGAGCCACACAGGGGAGAAACCCUAUAAAUGCUGUGAGUGCGGGAAAACCUUUGCUCAGAGCUCACACCUUAUUCGCCAUCAGAGGAUCCAUACAGGGGAGAAACCCUAUAAAUGCCAUGAGUGCGGGAAAACCUUUGCUCGGAGCUCACACCUUAUUACGCAUCAGAGGAGCCACACAGGGGAGAAACCCUAUAAAUGCUAUGAGUGCGGGAGAACGUUCGCUCGGAGCUCAACCCUUAUUACACAUCAGAGGACCCACACAGGAGAGAAACCCUACAAAUGCCGUGAGUGCGGGAAAACCUUUGCUCAGGUCUCAGGCCUUAUUACACAUGAAAGAAUCCACACAGGGGAGAAACCCUAUGAAUGCCGUGAGUGCGGGAAAACCUUUGCUCACUCCGCACAGCUUGUUACACAUCAGAUAAUCCACACAGGGGUGAAACCCUAUGAGUGCCGUGAGUGCGGGAAAACCUUUGCUCAGAGCCCAAACCUUAUUCGCCAUCAGAGGAUCCACACAGGGGUGAAACCCUAUGAAUGCCGUGAGUGCGGGAAAAUCUUCACUUGCACCUCACACCUUAUUGCACAUGAGAGGAUCCACACAGGAGAGAAACCCUAUAAAUGCCGUGAGUGUGGGAAAACCUUUGCUCAGCGCUCACACCUUAUUGCACAUGAGAGGAUCCACACAGGAGAGAAACCCUAUAAAUGCCGUGAGUGUGGGAAAACUUUCACUUGGAGCUCACACCUUACUACACAUCAGAGGAUCCACACAGGAGAGAAACCCUAUAAAUGCCGUGAGUGCGGGAAAACCUUUGCUCAGAGCUCACACCUUACUGCACAUGAGAGGAUGCACACAGGAGAGAAACCCUAUAAAUGCCGUGAGUGCGGGAAAACCUUCACUUGGAGCUCAAACCUUACUACACAUCAGAGGAGCCACACAAGAGAGAAAACCCUAUAAAUGCUGUGAGUGUGGGAAAUUCUUCCAUCAUGACUCUUCUUUUAUUUAUCACCAGAGAAGCUGCAAGGGAGAUAAACACCAUGAAAAUCUCAUCUGGGUCUCAGAAAAGAUUGUUUUUUCCUUUUGCUA